AUAUUAUAGAGUCAAUCUAGAGAGAGGAGAGAGAAAGAGAGCAUUGGUGUAAUCAAUAGAGGUAUGCUUUUGGCUCAGAACUGCAAUUAAUGCGCCUUUCAUUUUGAGACUGUUGCUUUUAAUUUGGCUUUAACCCAAAGAGAAAAAAGAAAAAAAAUAAGCCUAGUGAGAGAGAUAAUAUUAUUAUGGGAGUGUUUUUUUUCUUGUUUUCUUUCUGUUCAACUCUACUUUCAGGUGUCUUUGAUUGAGGAGUAGCUGGAAGAUAUUAUUUUUUUGGAGGUGUAGAUUCUUCUUGUUCAAUUUGUUUGGCAUAAUUUCUUCUCUUCUAUAUCUACAUAUAUCUGCACUUUUGGGUGUCUUUAUUUUGUGUCCAUUUCUUGGGGAUCUGCUUUCUUGCUUGCUUUUGGGUCUUGGGGUUUCUUCCAAUUUCAUUCAACUGGUUGACUUUCGAUUUGGACGUUGUGGGGUUUUACAAAAGUCGAGUCUUUGAGUAUUGUGGAUCUUAACUUCAUUCUGGGUUUUCUUUCAUGUGUUCUUCCUUUUUUUCUUCCAUCUCUAAAAUGUCAAUAUGAAUUUCUAGAUUCUUGUUUCUUUGAAUUUCUCACAUCAAGAAACUGAAAUUGAUUGAGAGGGAGUGAUUCAGUCAAAGAUUAUUUGGGUUGUCUUUUUUACAAGGUGGGUUGUCUCAAUUUUGGAGUGUGAAUCUUGAAAAAAAGAAGGUAAAAAUUAGGGUUUCUUGGUCCAUUCUGUAUUUUUUUAAUCAAUUCUUUUGAUACUAGUAUCUGGUCUUUUGUGUUUGAACGGUUUUGUUAAAGUUAAUGCUUUGGGACUUUCCCUCCUUAAGUUAGGGGCAUUUGAUUUUUGAAAGCAAAGGUUUGAUUCUGGGGGAUGCUUUUAGCUUGAUUCCUUUGCUUUUCCAGAAGUUAGGGUUUGUGACUAAGCCAUCUUUUUCUGGGGUUUAGUGAUAGAUGGGGUAAAAACUCUCUCUUUGUCUUUCUUUGGUGAAGCUUUGUUCAGUCACUCUCUUUUUUGGGUUCUCUCUGUGAUUGAUUCAACAAGGGGGGAAAACUUCCCACACAAAGAAAAAGCUCUAAUGCAUCUUUCACUAUGGAAGCCAAUAUCUCACUGUGCUUCUCUAAUCUUGGACAAAAAGAGCAGAAAGAGAGAUGGGUCUAACCAUACCAAUGAAGAGAUCAAGAAAAACCCAUCUGCUCUGAAGAAGUUGCAAGAGCAUAAGCUCAGGGAGGCUCUUGAGGAAGCAUCUGAAAAUGGGUCUCUUGUUAAAUCCCAAGAUGUGGACUCCCUGUCAGCACAGAACCAAGAUGAGGGGUUGGGCCGAUCCCGGUCACUCGCUAGGCUACAUGCCCAAAAAGAAUUCCUUAAAGCCACUGCUCUUGCUGCAGAGCGCACUUUUGAAUCUGAGGAAUCCAUUCCUGAGCUGGAGGAAGCAUAUUCCAAGUUCCUGACCAUGUAUCCAAAGUACAACUCCUCAGGGAAGAUUGAUGAGCUAAGGUCAGAUGAGUACUCUCACCUUUCUGGCUCUAUACCCAAGGUAUGUCUUGACUACUGUGGGUUUGGGUUGUUUUCAUUUCUUCAGAGUGUUCAUUACUGGGAGUCAUCUACAUUUAGCCUGUCUGAGAUUACUGCCAAUUUGAGCAAUCAUGCUUUAUAUGGGUGUGCCGAAAAGGGCACCGUGGAACACGAUAUUAAGGCUCGGAUAAUGGAUUACUUGAACAUCCCUGAAAGUGAGUAUGGUCUUGUUUUUACUGUUAGUAGGGGCUCUGCUUUUAAGUUGUUAGCUGAAUCAUAUCCUUUCCAGACAAACAAAAAGUUGUUGACUAUGUUUGAUCAUGAGAGCCAAUCAGUUAACUGGAUGGGUCAGUGUGCCAGGGAGAAAGGUGCCAAGGUUUAUAGUGCAUGGUUCAAAUGGCCUACCCUCAAAUUAUGUUCAACUGAUUUGAGAAAGCAAAUUUCAAACAAAAAGAGGAGAAAGAAAGAUGCAGCUACUGGUCUCUUUGUUUUUCCAGUACAAUCUAGAGUUACUGGUGCAAAGUACUCCUACCAGUGGAUGGCACUGGCACAGCAGAAUAAUUGGCAUGUGUUGCUUGAUGCUGGUGCUCUGGGUCCAAAAGACAUGGAUUCCCUAGGAUUGUCUUUAUUUCGACCGGACUUUAUAAUCACUUCAUUCUACAGGGUGUUUGGUUAUGACCCAACUGGAUUUGGAUGUCUUCUGAUCAAGAAAUCUGUGAUGGCAAGCCUUCAAAAUCAGUCUGGGCAUGCUGGGUCUGGUAUAGUGAAAAUUACUCCUGUUUUCCCCUUGUAUUUGAGUGAUUCAAUUGAUGGUUUCCCUGGAUUGGCUGAGGACGAUGAAGCCGGAGAGAACAGUGAAGUUAAUGCUGAAAUUCGGCCAGGAUCUCAGUUGCCAGCCUUUUCUGGUGCAUUCACUUCUGCUCAGGUAAGGGAUGUAUUUGAGACAGAGAUGGAGCAUGACAACAGCUCUGAUAGGGAUGGAGCAAGCACGAUAUUUGAAGAGACUGAAAGCAUUUCUGUUGGAGAGGUCAUGAGAAGUCCAGUCUUUAGCGAAGAUGAAUCAUCUGAUAACUCCCUGUGGAUUGACUUGGGUCAGAGUCCUUUGGGUUCUGAUGGUGCUGGGCAGUCUAACAAACAAAAGAUUUCCUCUCCAGCACCCCCAUUUUGGUUUGCUGGCAGGAAGAAUAAUAAAAGGCUCUCUCCCAAGCCUUCGAAGAUGUCAAGCAGCCCAUUGUAUGACAGAGAGUUGAAUCCAGGGCGCCAUGAAGACAACCAUGUGCUAUCAUUUGAUGCAGCUGUUCGGUCGGUGUCUCAAGAAUUGGAUCACUUCAAGGAGAUUCCUGAAGAAGACCAGUUUGAUAAGAGAAGCCCUGCUUCAAGAGAAUUCAGAGAGAUUGAGGAAGAACUGGAGACCAGUAAACCUGCUCACACAUUUGAUUCUGGUCUGGGCAACUCAAUUUCAAUUUCUCGGCAUCAAACCCUUGAUAAUGGAUCAGCCUCUGAGAUAUGUCCGGAGAUCAAAGAGAGUGCUAUAAGAAGAGAAACUGAAGGUGAGUUCAGGUUAUUGGAAAGGAGAGAAGGAAACAGAUAUGCAGGUGGUAGAUUUUUUGGUAUAGAGGAUGCUGAUCAUGGAAGCAGGGGAAGACGUGUAUCCUUCAGCAUGGAAGACAACCGCAAAGCUCGUCUGAGUCACACACUUGAGCAUGGGGAAUUGUUAGCAACAAGUUUGGAUGAUGACGAGUUCAUUAGUGAUGGCGAUUAUGAUGAUGGACAAGACUCAGACAGGAGAGAGCCCGAGAUAGCAUGCAGGCAUCUUGAUCACAUUAACAUGUUGGGUCUCAAUAAAACUACUCUCCGGCUAAGAUAUCUCGUCAAUUGGCUAGUUACCUCAUUGCUUCAGAUAAGAUUUCCUGGUUCAAAUGGGGAAGACAGUUCACGACUUGUUCGCAUCUAUGGUCCGAAAAUCAAAUAUGAAAGGGGCGCAGCUGUUGCAUUUAAUGUGCGAGACAGAAACAGGGGUCUUGUUAGUCCUGAAAUAGUUCAGAGACUGGCUGAGUCACAUGGUAUUUCUCUGGGCAUUGGUAUCCUAAGUCACAUACGGAUCUUAGAUAACCCAAAACAGCAGCAACGGUCUCUGAGUCUUGAUGACACUACCCUUUGCAAACCAAUGGAGAAUGGCAAGUAUGAUGGUAGAAGUGGGUUUGUGAGAGUCGAAGUUGUUACUGCUUCACUUGGCUUCCUCUCUAAUUUUGAUGAUGUCUAUAAGUUGUGGGCUUUUGUGGCUAAAUUUCUUGACCCUGGUUUUAUUAAAGAAGCUGGACUCCCGCCUGUUGCAGAAGACGUCGAGUCAUGAAGCUACUAAAGGAAGGCUGAAUUAGUAGCUGUUUGCUCCUAAUACAAGAUGCAGGAAUCUAUCACCAACAGUGGGUUGAAAAUCUGAUGAAAGUUGCAAGAGAAACAAUGAAAAGGUCUUAGUUGUAUUCUUCUGGCCCCUCUGUUUCUUUGAUGCAUGCGGGAGAAAUUUUUUUAUUCUUGUCUUUAAUUGCUUGAAUGUUUCUUCUUUACCUUUUUGGAGUUUCCUGUAGAGUUGGGAGUUAGAAAUUUGUAUUUUCUCAGGUAGUCAUGAAUCAUGAUGAACCAAAGCAGUUAUAAGCCAGGGGUUUUAUGAUCCCCUUCCACCAUUUGCCCCUCUUGCUUCUCAGCUGUGUAUAAUGAUCAUUCAUGCUUUUGCUCAGGCUAUUAUAGAGUGCCUUGUCCUU